CUCGUUUGACUCCUAGACAUCUCCUUCCGGGCUACUCGUAUUUACGAGUUAUCCUAAUUUCCUCCUCCUCUUUCGUCGCAAAAGCUGAACGAACACGUAGCUCCGGCUUCGGAGACCCCAAAUCAAAUCUCGAACCGCGGCUCCGAUGGCCCGGCGCACCACCGCCGUCGUCCAGCCGUGAGUCCGUCUCCCCCGGCCCAGGGUUCGUCCGAUUCCGGCGCGCGAUUUCUCGCAUUCUUUUUUUUUUCUCUUUGGUCGCCCCAUUUUCGGUUGCGUGAUCCCUGUCGUGCUGCAUCUGCUCCCGCGGAUGGAUCGGGGGCAGCAAGGCGUCAGCCUGCAGCGAUUCGACCAGCCCCGGAUGCAGUACCAACACGGCGGCGGCGGCGGCAACCGCAGCCGCAUGUCGCCGUUCGCGCGCGGCGGCGGCGGUGGCGCCUACAGCCGCGGUCAGAAGCAGUUCUACCAGCCGCCGCCUCCUCCUCCUCCCAUUCCGGCGGGUCCGUCGCGGCAGAGCAGGUACGAGGUGCUCAUGGAGGCCGGCCGCCUGGCCGCCGAAUACUUGGUGGCCAAAGGAGUGCUCCCGGCUGCAUCCUUGCAGCGCGGCGGUGGCGGUGUUGGUACCGUUGGAUGGGGCCAGAUGCCGCCUCCGCCUCCAUUGCCGCAGGCACUGGAAGCCCCUGGGUUCUAUGACUCCCGCCGGAAUGGUCGGCGGCGGCUCGAUGACGAGCAGAGUAGUCCUAACCCCCGCUCUCGGCGUAACCAUGGUGGUGAUUACAGUGACAGUAACAAUAGUGACUACAAUGGAAGGGGGAAGAGGAAGUUUAGGGCUUACAAUAGGAAUUCUCAAUGGGGCAGGGAUAGGGAGAGGAAUAGGGGUUACUCGGAUAGCCGUAAUUAUGAUGAUGGUGAGGAAGAGGAUGGCGCUCCUGGGUAUAAGAGGGAUCGGCGAGGAGGUGGUGUGAUUGAUGAGGUUGGGAGUAGCGUGUCAGGGGUGGCUGGGGAGGGACAAGCAUCAAAGGUGGAGGCUGUGGGGGAGUCUGAGUUGGAGGAUACUGGGUCAAAGGUGAGCUCCAGCAGUAAUGUCAGGAAGGAUGCUGAUGCUGUGCAAGAGGUGCAGGAUGACAAUGAAACUAAUAAGAUGCAGGAAGACUGUAAGGUGUCAAAUUCAGAGGUCGCGGUGCAAGGAAGGAAUGAUGAGAGUAUUAGUAAUAAUGCUUCUUCUGGUAUUGUUGAGGAGACGGAGAUAACGCAUCCACCAGUGCCCUCAGAUGACAAUGUUUCAGAUGAGAAGCAUGAUGAUACUACUGUUAUGGAUGAGAAGGCUGAAGAUGACACUACUUUGGAUGAGAAGGAUGACAAGGCCUCAGAUGCGAAGAUGUCAAGUGUGGAGAAUAAUUUGGGUGAUGAUUGUAAGAAUUUGCUGAACUAUUGUAGUUUUGCAAGAGCCCCAACAAGACCACGGUCAAUACUUGGACACAGGAAUGGGGCACCAGCCCAUAGACAAACUUCAUUGGCCGAGCAGGCAGAUCUAGUUCCUGUGAUGGCGAUUGAUGAACAGGUAAAUGACAGCACCUUGGCUGUCCAAGGAGACAGCAAAAAUGGUCUUGUCUGCCUAGAACAUACUGGCCCAAGUGUUGCUUGCGAUCAAAUGGUGGAACAAGUGAGACUCCAAGAAAAUGUUACACAAGACGGGGUAGAACAUAGUACAGCACAAGAUUGUGCAGUUCAGGAAAUUAAGGAGCACAAUGGACUAUCUGCUACAUUGGCCUCUCAUCAUAUCAGGGAAGGAGUGCAAAUUUACAAUAUUGAUACGCCGCCUGAAGAUGAAAGCUUUAUUGAUUCAGCUGAUAAAGGGAAAACAGUUAGUGUGGAGUUAUUACCUAAUAGAGGAGUAGAAGCUGUUGGCACAAUGGAAGACGAAAAGCUUGAUCAAUCUAGCUCAUUUAAAACACGUGAUCUCAAUCUGAUUGGUAGCCCAGAGCUUGCUGAGAUACGGAAUGAUCCUGGUUUGGGCCAAUGCUCCAAUAUUGUGUGUUCAAGUUCAAUGGAUGCGCAAAAUCAGCAGCAUUUGGAUUUUCAAGCAGUUGUAGGUAACACCACAAGUCAUACUGACAGGUAUGCCCAAAUUCCGUUGGACCAUAAGGUUGUCCAAGUUAUUGAUAUUGAAGAUGAUUCGCCAAUUGAACCUAGUGCCUGUGAUACUUCAAGAGCAAAAAGUGAGAUGGUAUAUUCAAACAUGGAUAAUAUGAUUGACCCUACGGUGAACACCAGCAUUCUUCCUGGUAUGCAAGAUGGUUAUAACCUUGCAAUUCCAGAUUUCCUUGGUGCUGAUAUGCCAUGCUAUCCACCAAUACAAACAGACCUUCAUGCUGAAAUGGGCCUAAAUGGUUCAGAGGUCAUCACUGUCAUGGAUGAUCCAAUAUAUGGUUCACUAAGUGAUAUUGGUUUUAUGGAGGUUUGGGACCAGCAACCUCCAGACUACGAGAAAUUCUUCUGAUCCAGCACUGAAGUUUUGUUGCUGAAACUGUUCAGGAGUUUGGCAAAUGAACACAAGUUGUUUCAGUAUAGGGAGAAAUAAACAAGUAGAUUGCUGCUGAUCACCUUCCAACACAUUGCUGUGUCAGGGUCAGCAGCAUCCCACGGACAAACACACGCUCACGCACAAAAAUACACGCCCCUGGCCAUGUUGGCCACUCUUGACUUCUUGAGGGCAUGGUCUGCAUCAUCCAGUAGAGUAGACCCUCAGUGUUCUAGUCAUUUGGACCUGGCGCCUGAGUGCCAUAGAAUUCGCGGAGUUGGCCAUUUGGUCCCUGUUCGAUAGUGUAUUCAUCCAAAAAAUUGGACUUUUUUUGUAUAAACAGUUUGAUAUGCAAUACAUAAAUUUCUUCUUUCAACA